UGAGGCAGUGGACUCAGUGGACUCGUAUUUGGAGGCCCACGGGGGUCGGGGACUGGACCCUCCAUGUCAGCCCGGCCCCCAGCCCGUGAGCAGAUGCCUGAACGGGCCCCAGGAAGUGACAAUGACGGAGGAAGGAGAAGAGGCCAAGACCAGCGGGCCCCUGGACGGGGAGCUCUGUAGACUGCAGCAGUUGAAGAACAACCUGGACCGUCUGAACAGUGAACUGGAAAACGACCUGGAGCGUCUGGACUUGGAAAACCAGGUCCUCAUCGCCCAGAUCCAGGAGGAAGACCAACAGAGAAAGAGGCUGGAGCAGGAGAUGGCCCAAGCCUUGGUCCUGGCGGAGAGGAAGGAUGAAGAGGACGGCGCCAGGGCUGAGCGGGCAGAAGCCCUGGGCACCCUGCACCUGGAGAACGCCAGGCUGGAGAAGAAGAACAAGGCUCUCAGGAGGAAGCUGGCAGACCUGAAGAGGAAAAUCUCGCAGAAAACAUCCGCCCGGCUGGAGUCAGAGCCAGAGAGGCUGGGGGACAUGGCAGCUCUGACGGAGGCCAAACUGCAGGAGGCCAAGGCUCUCCACGGCCAGCAGGACCACGAGAUCCAGAAGGUGACAGAUGAGUACCAUGUUAUUCAGCGGCAGUGCGAGGAACAGGCACGCAUCAUCCAGAAAUACCAGGAAGUCUUGCGGUGGAUGGAGGAGGAAGAGGAAACUUGGCUCCUCGAAAUGGAAGUCCUGAAGGUCCAGAGCAUGUUUGCCCAGUCAGUGACCCCGGGGUCCAUUUUGGUGGAGGACAUCCAGCGCAGCAUGGAGUGGACCAUUGUGAGGAACAAGAGAAGAUACUUCUGGAGCAGGGCUCUCCGCUGCCUGUUCCUUCUGAUGCUGGGUUUCUGGACUGUCCUGGCCUAUGCCGCCUUCCACCUGUGCUACAUCAACCCCGACCUGCCCUCCGACCUGCUGCCCUGCCUACUGAGCCGCACUGCCCUCUUCGAGCUACGCCAGCUCCUGGCCACGUGCCUCGCCUUGGAAGUGGAUGAUGUCCUGCCUCACUGACCGCUGGCCAAGGGGGCUGCCGGGUCCGUGAGCGAGCGCGCCUCCCUCCAGAGCCGCGACUCUGGGCCUCCGAGAUGGACCCUCCUCGUAUAAUAAUAACUAUGAUUAUUAUAAUUGUUA